GAGACUGGAGAGGAGCGAGUGGGGGAAACCCGCGUAGUCGAGCAAGCUGCAGCGCGGGGAGAUGAAAAGGUCUGGCUAUGUAGCCCAGGUUGACCUGGAACUCUGCAUCAUUUUGCCUCAGCCUCUCCAGUUCUGGUAUCACAGGCACUCACCACCAUGCCCUGUUGGAGGGUUAUUUUCAUGUUGAGAUGUCUGGAAGGAGAUGGGCAAAGAUGGAGACUAGGGGUAUGCUGCUUACUGGUGGCCUGUGGCGCUCCUCACCACCAUCCUGGUCCUGAGGUUCAGUGACUACCUGCUGUUGCUUGCCAUUACCUACCAACAUGGACAGAGGCAGCCUCCUGCCCUUCCAGCUCUGGUGCCCCCGGCCUUUCGGCACAUACUCCCAGAACCAGCCGUGCCCACCUUCCGCAGCCCUCAAGCCGCCAGUCUGCCCUGACACAAGCAACGGGACUGAGCCUGAUCACGGGCCUGCACACUCAGAGAACACACCACCUGCCUUGGCUGCAGAAGCCCCCACCUCCCCGCAUGCUCCACUCCUCUCUACAGCAGCUGCUGGUGAUGAGGGUCGAGUCCUGCUGGACACAUGGUAUGUUAUCAAGCCUGGAAAUACAAAGGAGAAGGUGGCCUUCUUUGUGGCCCACCAGUGUGGUGGAGGUAGCCGGGCUAGCUCUAUGAAAGUCAAAGGGCACUGGGGCAAUGACAGUUCCAAAGCUAAGAGAAGGAGGCGCUGCCUUGAGCCCACCAAGGCUCCUCCAGACCCAGGGGGCCAAGAAGGGCCCCCUGCCACUGAGGCCCCCCCCACUUCAUCCGGGGAUGACGUAGACCUGCUCUCUGUAGCAGAAAUGGUGGCCCUGGUGGAACAGAGAGCUGCCCUGGCCCUGCAGAGUUACCCACGUCCCACUACCCCAGCUCCUGUGGUGUUUGUAUCAGCUGAGCAGGGGGGACCAGCCAAGGGUCUAGGGUCAGAAAGGCGGUCUGGUGGUGGUGACUGUAGCCGAGUUGCUGAGGCAGUGGCCCACUUUGAGGCCCAGCGGGACAGCCCUCCAACCAAGGGUCUCCGGAAGGAGGAACGGCCAGGCCCUGGGCCUGGUGAAGUGCGUAUAGCUUUCCGCAUCUCCAAUGGCCGAGAACCCCGUUCACCAGAUGGCAGCUUACCCAAUGGGGGCGCAGGUCGGCCUGGUUGUCCCUACCCUGGUAGUCCUGGACCUGGGGCUCGAGCCAAAGACAAAAUCACCUGCGACUUGUACCAGCUUAUCAGUCCCUCCAGGGAUGCCCUUCCCAGCAACGUGGAGUUCCUACUGGCCAGGGCCGACGAAGCCAGUGAGGCUGAGACACCAACCCCAGCCAGGCCUCAGGACACUCCCCCAGCACCCCCUCCACCUCCUGCCCGGGACUGUGGUGCAUCAGGAUUCCACGUGGAUGUGGUGGUGACUGGUGUAGUGGAUGAGUGUAUCUUCUUUGGCAAAGAUGGCACUAAGAACGUGAAGGAAGAGACUGUGUGCCUGACAGUGAGCCCUGAGGAACCUCCCCCACCUGGCCAGCUCUUCUUCCUCCAGUCCCGGGGCCCAGAAGGGCCUCCUGAGCCACCCCCAACUGAUACACCAAGCACAGUGCCAGGCCCUGACGAUUCUGAGGGCACAACGGACACCUCUCUGUGCCGCCUGUACCGGCACGUGUCACACGACUUCCUGGAGAUUCGCUUUAAAAUCCAGCGUCUUCUGGAGCCCCGGCAGUAUAUGCUGCUACUGCCUGAGCACGUGCUGGUCAAGAUCUUCAGCUUCCUGCCCACCCGGGCCCUGGCAGCCCUCAAGUGCACGUGCCACCACUUCAAAGGCAUCAUCGAGGCUUUCGGUGUACGCGCCACGGACUCUCGCUGGAGCCGGGACCCACUCUACCGCGAUGACCCUUGUAAGCAGUGCCGAAAGAGAUAUGAGAAGGGCGACGUGUCACUGUGCCGUUGGCACCCCAAGCCCUACCACCAUGACCUGCCUUAUGGACGUUCCUACUGGAUGUGCUGCCGCAGAGCCGAUCGUGAGACACCAGGCUGUCGCUUGGGCCUGCAUGACAACAACUGGGUACUGCCCUGCAAUGGGGUGGGUGGCGGCCGUGCUGGCCGGGAAGAGGGGAGGUGAAGCCUGACAAUGAGGAGACACCUGCCAUACCUAGCCCCUGCCCGCUUUGCUGGGAGCUGGGGCACAGAACUGAGUCCCCAGCCAACACCUACCAGUCCAUGCAGCAUUGAUCUCCCACCAGAACUGGGACUAGGUUUGGGGGUCACUGGGGUAAAUACCCUGCUUGACCUCUGUUGGUUUUCUACUCUUGAGAGCCAAGGCCAUGAACCCUCAGAGAGGGUUGUUUUUUUUCUGUUUGUUUUUUAUCAGCAUCUCAAUUUUGCCUCCAUCCAGCCCCAAUCCCAGCCCUGAGUCUCUCCAUCCCAGGGACCCACCAGCAGGGAGCAGACGGCAGCUAAUUUUGGUACCACCUGAGGCUUUCCUCUAGCUGGCCCUCCCCAUUCUGUACCUCCCCCAGUUAUCUUUGGAGCUGUGUUUAUCCAGGACGCUGCAGGCUCCAAGGGUGCCAUGUCCAGGUCCUUAGCUCACAAUUCAAGUUGGCACUAUUUUGAGGGAGCCCACCGUUUCUAGAUGUUUUCCUCAUUAAAUAAAAAAUGUUUUCUUCUGAAAUUCAAACUACCAGAGUUUCCCUCUUCCCUCUAGGGAAAGGAGCGAGAGCCCCGCAGUGUAGAAAACUCCCUUUAUGCUCUUGUCACUCUUUCCCCAGUAAAGCUGUGAAGCCCUUGCCUCACUCUUGGAUGGCAAGCAGGCCAGAGGGCAAGGACAGGGAGUCUGAAUUUCUCAGUGAUUCAUCUUGUACUUGGGGUACUCAGUGAGGCAUUAGGGUCUCUGCCCCCAGCUACAACUUUCUUUAAAAUCUUUUGGUUACCUGGAACCUUGAUUUUUAGGCAGUUUGGUCCAAGAUAUUUUUGUUGUGGGUUUUUUUUUUGUUGUUUUUUUUUUGUUUUUUUUUUUUUUUUCGGAGUUUUUGUUUUUUUCCUUGUGGUUCUGGAAACUUCUAGUGUGUGGCAUCUGACCAAUUUUGAAUUGGUCCUUUCUAUAAAAUCAGUAUUUAUAAAGCUGGGCCCAGACUGGUCUGUGAUGUUAAGGGAGGGGAACUGGUAACAGAAGAGACCCAUAGGUCUGUGCUUGGCAGGGUGGGGUGAUAAAGAAGAAGGGGUCCUAGCUAAGUCCCUUAGCCUGAAAGGGACUUAGUAUUUAUCAUCUGUCAGUUAGUAUUUUUUAAAUGUCUCAAAAUAGUAGAAGCUUGAACAAGAUGAUUUUUAUUUCUUUGAAGAAUCCAGCAUUAGGGGCCCCUUAUGGCUGUGGUCUAUGACUGAAGGAAUUCCUGAUUGUCCCUAUUGUAUAAUCAGGG